AACGUUCAUCACCUUUCCCCUCUUUUUGAACCUUCAAUCCAGUCUUCUUGUGUGUGUGUUUUCAUCACCUUGCUUUCACCAUUUUGUCAAUCUGAAACAACAAUUCAGAGUGGCGGAAUGGAGUAUUUCAUCAGGGCAAACGCCGUCCGGCUAAGGAGCCACCACCGGAAAUACCUAUUAGCGGAUGACGACGGCGAACACGUGUCCCAGGACCGCCAAGGCACGGUAAAAAACGCCCGGUGGACGGUCGAAUUCGACGAAAAUUAUGACGGUGUUAUCCGAUUGAAGUCAUGUUAUGGCCGGUACCUCACCGCCUCCGAGGAUCCUCACAUCCUCGGCGUCACCGGUCAAAAAGUGAUUCAAAGCAUUCCUCCGAGAAUUGAUUCCUCCGUUGAAUGGGAACCGGUGUUAGAAGGAUCUAAAGUUCGUCUGAAAACUCGAUACGGUAAUUAUUUACGAGCUAAUGGCGGAGUGCCUCCAUGGAGGAAUUCGAUUACACAUGAUAUUCCUCAUAGACAUCAUAAUUGGAUCUUAUGGGAAGUUGAAGUUGUUGAGAUUAGGCUCGGUCCACUUCCGAAGAAAUCGAAUUCAUCUGAGACAGAUCUGGAUCUGGAAGGUUCUUUUCAUCUCACAUCCAUCCCCAUAUCUCAGGAGAGUAAUUCGAAGAACGAAGGGAGGAUGAUUUACUACAAAAUGGUGGAUGAUGAUGGUGAGAUUGUUGAUGCAGAAGGAUCGUUUCUGUUCAAGGGGAAUUGCAUACAGGAAUUGACUCAAAAUUUGGAGGAAGAAACGGAGCUGGAGAAUAUUACUGUGUGUUCUCGCAGCCCUUUGAACGGGAAGCUUUACCCUCUCCGGCUAGCUUUGCCGCCCAAUAACACAACUAUGCACGUCRUUGUAGUCCCUGCAACCUCCAAAGCGGCAAAGGAUUUCUAGCCGGUUUUACAUGACGACAACUGAGUACUAUUGAUGACCGAAUCUAUUUGUGACGAUACAUGCAACAGAAAGAAAGCAAAAUAAGAUGUCUUGCAUUGAAGACUAUAAGGAAGAAAUUAGAUAAUUUGUGAUUCAAUGCAAACUUUGAUCCAAAUCUCUUACCAUAUUCUUCAAGCUUCAUAUGUAUUUGAUUUGGUUUCACCUGUAUCUAACAUCACGCCUUGCGUAAAUCUUAUAUUACUGACCCUACCUUUGGUUGGGUAUACUA